UUUCAUACUCAGUAAUUUUAAAUAUUUUUACUAAUGUAAAAAAUUAAUUUUUAGGAAAUAAAUCCAAAUGUAUGAAAGAAACAAAUAAAAUAGCAACAUCACAACUUUAUUUAGAUCUGUUUUAAAUUGUGUUAUUUUCAAUAUUAUAAAAUUGAGCUUUGUGUAUUAUGAACUUCUGCAGAAAAUUUCUCAGUGAAGAAUUGCAUUUUUUCGUGAGAUUACUACAAUUUAAGUAUGCUAAAAAAAUUCAUUCUAUGACAGUCUUUGAUAAAAGGGCAAAAAUUAUUCAAAAGCAACGAGCAGCAAUUGCAGAAGAUAGCUCUGUAUAUGAAUAUUUGAAGGAAGAGGUAGGGUAUCGAUUAUCCGAUCGUCUAUUUGAUAUAAAACGUCAAUUUGAUUGUGUUGUUGACUUAGGAUGUGGUUAUGGACAUGUGUCUAAACACAUAUCUAAAGAUAAUGUAAAAGAACUUAUUAUGUGCGAUGUUUGCCAAGAAAUUUUAGAUAAAGCUCAGACUCCUGAAUCAGAGGUCAAGGUAAGUAAAAUUGUAGUAGAUGAUGAAAAACUACCAUUCAAGGAAAAUAGUAUUGAUUUAUUAUUAAGUAGUCUAUCCCUCCAUUGGAUUAAUGAUUUACCAUCAACAUUUAUGCAAAUAAAAAAUUGUUUAAAAAAUGAUGGAGUAUUUUUGGGAGCUAUGUUUGCUGGUGAUACGUUGUUUGAAUUAAGAUCUUCUUUACAAUUAGCAGGAAUUGAAAGAGAUGGAGGUGUAACACCAAGAAUAUCACCAUUUGUUAGACUGCAAGAUGUUGGAUCAUUAAUGCAAAAUGCAGGAUUCUCAAUGUUAACAUUAGAUACAGAUGAACUAGUUAUUAGAUAUCCAUCUAUGUUUGAGCUAAUGUGGGACUUAAAAGGCAUGGGCGAAAAUAAUGUAGUUUUAAAAAGACCGUUAAGACUGAACAAGAACACUAUGUUUGCUGCAGCAUCUCUUUAUGAUAAACUAUAUAGAUCUACAAGUGAUAGUAAAGAUCAUGAAGGAAUCCCUGCUACAUUUCAGAUAAUGUACAUGAUAGGAUGGAAACCUGAUCCCUCACAACCAAAACCAUCACCAAGAGGCUCUGGACAGAUAUCAAUCAAAGAUAUUGACCAACUAGAUAAGGUUGUUAAGAACUUAGGAAAAUUUAAAACUUAAAUUUAUAUCAUAAUUUUUUUUUUCAUUAUUUGUUAUCUAAGAAUGUUAUUUAAAUUCAUAAGAAAAUGUUUAAUGUAAUAAAAAAUAAAUUAAUUUUACUAUCAUUAUAUAUUAACUCAAUUAAAUAAAAUGAAGUUUUAUUUUUA